AUGCCGAAAUUUAUGUCUCACCGAUUUUCUUACAACAGAAGACGACAUGAUAGCAACAGAAUACGACUUUCUGGUGGUGCAGGUGCUCAUGCUCCACAUAUAAAUUUAACUUAUGUUGAUAAUGAUGUGCAUAUAGAAUUAAAAAAGGUUAUCCAAUCCGGUGAAAAACGUACACUCAUUCUGAAAGCUGAACAAUUUUUUGAAAUUUCACAAAAAAACGAUGAAAUCAAACUUGCUGGAAGAAAUAUUGCUAAUUAUCAUGGAAGUGAUAGCACAACACAACCAGCUAAGGAAGUUGGUUUAUUUAAAUUUAUUUCACGGUCUGAUUUUGAGAGUACUACAUGUGAACAUAUGUAUGAAUGGGAAGUACCAAAUUCAAAAUUGAGAGUGAGUGUACGUAAUCGUCGAAGUGAUGGUAAACGACCAAUUAAUACAGACUUUGUUGUUGAAAUACGAGUGUUCGGUACAAAUGGUUUACCUACUGAUGAAGGUAUUAUGAUGGCAUGGCAUAAUUUCGAGGGUACAUUUGUUAAACAUCACAAAGAACGACAAGAUCGAAUUCAACAAAUGCGUAGGAAUGGAGUAUUGAAUCCUUUAGCAAGAUUGAACGCCAACGCCACUUCAAGUUCAACUAGUGCUGCUACAACUACUGCUACUGUUUCUGUAUCUUCAACAACUACAGGAAACUUACCUACCUGGACAAUUCAAGAAGAAUUUGUUAAUAAGGAGACCUAUUCAUGUGUUAUCUGUAUCGAUACUUAUGUGAAAGGUGCAAUAGUGAAUGGUUUACCAAACUGCAGUCAUUAUUUUCAUUCAUCAUGUAUUCGAACAUGGUUAGUUGGAAGCGACCAGUGCCCUACAUGUAAUUUUGAUGAUGCAACAAAACUCAAUGUUCAUCUUGUCCCACACUCACAUGAUGAUGUUGGAUUUGUUAAAACAUUAGAUGAAUAUUAUUAUGGAUCUCGAACCGAUCUUCAACAUGUCAGAGUUCAAUAUAUUCUUGAUUCAAUUGUUCUCGCAUUAGAUGAAAAUCCUCAUCGACGAUUUAUCUAUAUUGAAAUGGCUUUCUUUUAUCGUUGGUGGCUUCAACAAACAGAUGAAAUUCGUAAUAAAGUUAAAGAUUUUGUCAAUUCAGGUCGUCUUGAAUUUAGUUCUGGUGGUUGGUGUAUGAAUGACGAAGGAACAACACAUUAUAAUUCAAUUAUUGAUCAACAUAGUUUAGGUCUUGAAUUUCUAAAUGAUCAAUUUGGUGAAUGUGGUCGACCAAAAAUUGGUUGGCAAAUCGAUCCAUUUGGUCAUUCACGUGAACAAGCUUCUCUUCUGGCACAGAUGGGUUUUGAUGGUUUAUUUUUUGGUCGUGCUGAUUAUCAAGAUCUACAAAAGCGUAAUUCAACAAAAUCAAUGGAAAUGAUUUGGAAAGCAAGUGCUAAUUUAGAUCGUCAAAGUUGGUUAUUUACUGGUAUUUUACCUCGAAGAUAUUCAACUCCAGCAACAUUCUCGUUUGAUUUUAUUGCUCCAGAUGACCCGAUCAUAGAUGAUGUAAAUUUACCAGAUUAUAAUGUACCAGAACGUGUUCAAACAUUUAUUCAAACAGCUCAGAAUGAGUCAAUGGAAUAUGCAACUAAUCAUAUUAUAAUGACAUUUGGUGGUGAUUUUCAAUAUCAAAAUGCAUUGGCAAAUUAUAAAAAUUUAGAUAAAUUAAUCAAAUAUGUCAAUGAUCAGCAAAUGAAUGGUAGUAAUGUCAAUGUUUUCUAUUCUACUCCAUCGUGUUAUUUAUAUGCAUUAAAUAAAGUGAAUCGUAGUUGGAUAACAAAAACCGAUGAUUUUUUUCCACAUGCACAUCAUCCACAUAGAUUUUGGACAGGAUAUUUUACAUCACGACCAGCUUUAAAACGUUUUGAACGUUAUUCAAAUAAUAUUUUACAAGUCAUACGACAACUAAAUACAUUCUCUAAUAGUCAAUUACGAAAUCAAAUCUUCAGUUUAAGUGAAGCAAUGGCGAUUGCUCAACAUCAUGAUGCUGUUAGUGGAACAGAAAAACAACAUGUAGCAAAUGAUUAUGCACAACGAUUAUCCAUUGGAAUUGAUGCAGCACUUAAUGUAAUUAAUACAGCUUAUCCAAAACUAUUAAAAAAAGAUAAUCAAUCAUCAACAGUAGAAAUUCAACAAUUUCUUUGUCAAAUAACAAACAUAAGUGAAUGUUUAACAAUUGAAAACGCCAAACAAUUCACAGUAAUACUUUGGAAUCCAAUAAGUCAUCCAGUUGUUGGUUAUUUACGUGUCCCUGUUACGAGAUCUUAUACAGUUCGUGAUUCUAGCGGACCAAUUCGCUCUGAGUUAAUUCCAAUUUCAAAUUCAACGAAAACAAUACCUGGUCGAAUGAGUAAUGCAACAAAUCAAUUGAUUUUUAAAUAUAAUUUACCAGCAUUGGGUUUUAAUACAUAUUUCUUUGAAGUGAAUGAAGAAGAAGAAGAAGAAAAAUUAGAAAUAACUAAAAAUGAAAUAUGUAUUUUACAAAAUCAAGGUUAUUCUGGUAAUAAUUCUCAAUUUGAUUUUCAAGCAUCUGGUGCUUAUAUCUUUCGACCAUAUUGUUGUUUAGAAAAUGUAUUAAAAGUGAACUUGUUCCAAACAGCAAUUAUUAUUUUUAAUGAAUGGAUUAGUCAAGAAAUUAAUCUUUAUGAUGAAGGAGAAGAUAUUGAAAUUGAAUGGACAGUAGGUCCUAUUGCAAUUGAUGAUAAUAUUGGAAAAGAAAUUAUUCUUCGAUAUGAUACAGAUAUUAAAAGUCAAUCAAAAUAUUAUACAGAUGCAAAUGGUCGAGAAGUUCUUCAACGAAUAAGAAAUUAUCGACCAACAUAUAAUUAUACAAUUACGGAACCAGUUAGUGGAAAUUAUUAUCCAGUUAAUUCCCGUAUAUGGAUUAAUGAAACAAAUCGACAAUUUACCAUUCUUACUGAUCGUUCAGAAGGUGGUGCAAGUCUUUUUGAUGGUUCAAUUGAAUUAAUGAUACAUCGACGUUUACUUUAUGAUGAUAAUUUGGGUGUUGGUGAAGCAUUGAAUGAAUCUGCAUUUGGUCAAGGUCUUGUUGUUCGUGGAAAACAUUUUCUUAAUAUUGAUUCACCUCAAACAAGUGCUCUUUAUCAUCGUAUUCAUUCACAAGAAUUAUUCAUGUCUCCACUUGUAAUAUUUGCAUUAAUUAAUUCAUCUUAUAUGAAUUAUUCAAAUUUAUAUCGUCAAACAUGGUCUGCAUUAAGCGAUAUAUUACCUUCAAAUAUUCAUUUAUUAACAUUAGAUCAAUUGAAUGAAAAACAAUAUCUUAUUCGUCUUGAACAUUAUUUUGAAUUAAAUGAAGAUGAAAAAUAUUCAUAUCCAACUAAAAUUAAUUUACAAUCAAUAUUUAAAUCAAUUGGAACAAUUGAUAAAAUAUUAGAAUUAACAUUAGAUGCUAAUUUAGAAUUAACAUUAGAUGCUAAUUUAGAAUUAUCUCAAAUGAAUAGACUUCAUUGGUUAACUGAUAAUGAUGAACUAUUACUACAAACGAAUAAUUCUACGAAACAACAUUCAUUGGUUGAUACAAACAUUAUUUUAAAUCCAAUGCAAAUUCGAACAUUCCGCAUAACAAUCGUAUAA